AUGGAGGGCGACGUGAUGGAUAAAGUGGAGUCCACGGCCACGACGGUGUGUGACUUGGACCCCAGCAGCGGGAGCAUCCCGGCAACCAAAGUAGAGAUCACCGUCUCGUGCAGAAAUCUCUUGGACAGAGACACCUUCUCUAAAUCCGACCCAUUGGUGGUGUUGUACACACAGGGUGUUGAGUGCAAACAGUGGCGAGAGUUUGGAAGAACGGAGGUCAUAGACAACACGUUGAACCCGGACUUUGUCAGGAAAUAUAUUCUGGACUACUUCUUUGAAGAGAAGCAGAACCUGCGCUUUGACGUGUUCGAUAUUGAUUCUAAAAGUCCUGAUCUGGCCAAGCAUCCGGCCGACUUUAACGACUUCCUGGGACAGGUCCACUGCACACUGGGGGAGAUUGUGGGCUCUCCUGCGAGUCGCCUUGAGAAGUCUCUCACUGGAAUACCCGGGAAGAAAUGUGGGACCAUUAUCCUGUCUGCUGAGGAGUUGGGAAACUGCAGAGACUACGCCAGCAUGCAGUUUUGCGCCAACAAGCUGGACAAGAAAGACUUCUUUGGCAAGUCGGACCCCUUCAUGGUCUUCUACAGGAGCAAUGAGGAUGGCACAUUCACCAUUUGCCACAAGACUGAAGUGAUGAAGAACACACUGAACCCAGUGUGGCAGCCCUUCUCCAUUCCCGUGCGGGCGCUCUGCAAUGGAGACUAUGAUAGGACAAUCAAAGUGGAAGUAUAUGACUGGGACAGAGACGGAAGCCAUGACUUCAUUGGCGAAUUCACCAGCAGCUACAAAGAGUUAUGUCGGGGUCAGAGCCAAUUAAACGUCUAUGAGGUGGUGAAUGCCAAGAAGAAGCUCAAGAAAAAGCGAUACAUCAACUCCGGGACGGUGUCCUUGAUGUCAUUCAGUGUCGAGUCAGAGCACACGUUCUUGGACUACAUUAAAGGAGGAACACAGAUUCACUUCACGGUGGCCAUUGAUUUCACCGCAUCCAAUGGCAAUCCGUCUCAGUCCACUUCGCUCCACUACAUGAACCCUUACCAGAUGAACGCCUACGCCAUGGCCCUGAAGGCAGUGGGCGAGAUCAUCCAGGACUAUGACAGUGAUAAAAUGUUCCCUGCUUUGGGAUUUGGUGCUAAGCUGCCCCCUGAUGGGAGGGUCUCCCAUGAGUUCCCGUUGAAUGGCAACAUAGAGAACCCCUACUGCAACGGCAUGGAAGGGAUUCUGGAUGCAUACCAUCAAAGCCUUAAAACGGUGCAGCUGUAUGGACCCACCAACUUUUCUCCUGUUGUCAAUCAUGUGGCGAGAUAUGCGGCAGCAGUGCAGGACGGCUCCCAAUAUUUUGUGCUUCUCAUCAUCACGGACGGCGUCAUCUCAGACAUGGCUCAAACCAAGGAGGCCAUCGUGAACGCCGCCAAACUUCCCAUGUCAAUCAUCAUCGUCGGGGUUGGACAAGCAGAAUUUGACGCCAUGGUGGAGUUGGAUGGUGACGACGUCAGAAUUUCAUCACGUGGGAAAUUGGCAGAGAGAGACAUUGUACAGUUUGUCCCCUUCAGGGACUACAUGGACCGCACAGGCAACCACGUGUUGAGCAUGGCCCGGCUGGCCAAGGAUGUCCUGGCUGAGAUCCCAGACCAGCUCAUAUCUUACAUGAAGAGCAGAGCCAUCAAGCCCAAUCCUGUCCCACCGCCAUAUUCACCCUGCCAGCGCUCCCAAAGCAAUGCAGUGUGA